AUGAACCUUAACACAACUGCCGCUGAAGCGACGGCUUCAACGAAACUCGACGGUCGUGCUUUCGUGGCUGAUCUGCAAUGGCUUCUAAGUGGUUGUGUUGAGCGUUUCCUCACCGAUACCAGUAAAUGGAUUCUAGAGAUUCUGGCAUAUUGCCCUGAGACAUGGGUCCGCCGUUUUGAAGCGUCCGUUGACGUUCCCAGCACAAGCACUUCUGUUUCUGCCUCAUGCACUGUUCAAUGGCCGGCAGUGACAUUGGAAAAUCGUAAUCUUCUCUUCGGAAAGAACCUUCUGUUGAAUCGUGAUUUUGCUCGCGCGUCAUUCUUUUUACGGAAAUCAAAAGAUGUGGGACCUGUGGAACGUUUUUUGUACUAUUGGAGCAAAUAUUUGGGUUGUGUACGAACACGUUUGGAAAAUGACACCGAAGCUAUUGAUCGAAAAGCAGUGGAGCACAACGAUGAUCGAAACUUUGCUGAUUUAUUACGGGAAAUAGGUCGUGAAGAUCGAGCAUCAGAUAUUUUCCUGCUUUACCUCGAGGGGAAGAUCCAGGCAGCGCUUGGAAUCCCGAAAGUAGCUGCUGUAACAAUGAAAGAAGUGCUGAAGAUGGAUUCCCGUUUUUGGCCAGCAUGGGAAGAAUUAGUUCAGUUAAUUCAAAGUGUCGAUGAAAUAGCAACUUGUAAAGCUUUAUGCACCCGAAGUCCGGAUUUCUCAUGGAUGCCUGAUUGGUUUGAAAGCUUAGCAUUGUCUCGAUUUCAUAUGGACAGUGAGGCGUUGAAGAAAGCCGAGAUCUUGGUCUCACGUGGUCUUCCUGGAAUUCCCAUGAUUCUCACUCAAAUCGCAGCCUGCUCGAAUCAUUUGCAUGAUCAUGAAAAGACUGUCGAAGUAUUCAAAUCCAUACGUGCCAUGGACCCGCUUCGAAUAGAACAUAUGAAUUUAUAUUCAGAUUCGCUCUAUAUACGAGGUGAUCGUGUACAACUAUGUGAUCUCGCACAUUCUUUCUUUGAAACACACAGAUUUUCAUUUGAAACGUGUUGUAUAGUAGGUAAUUAUUAUGGUCUACGACGGGAAAACGAACAAGCAAUUAGAUUUUUUCAAAGAGCUCUAAGGUUAAAUCCUGGGGUGGCUUCGAUUUGGGUACUGGUUGGACAUGAAUUCAUGGAGCUAAAGAAUAAUGCGGCUGCGUGUAUGUCUUAUCGGAGAGCCAUAGAAGUUGACCCACAGGAUUAUCGUGGAUGGUAUGGGCUUGGACAAAUGUAUGAUAUUAUCAAAAUGCCUACGUAUUCUCUUUUCUAUUACCAACAAGCCCAUCUCUGCAAGCCUCAAGACUCAAGAAUGCUCGUAGCGUUGGGUGAUGUUUAUCAGAAGAUGGGCCGACUUCGAAACGCUGAAAAGUGUUUCAUUUCAGCGUUCAAGUAUGGGGAUGUGGAAGGCACAGCUUUAUGGAUGUUGGCUAAACUCUACGAAUCUGAGAAUCAAAUGCAACGAGCAGCACGAUCCUACGAAGAAUACCUUAGAGAAUACCAAGAAAUUGAGGAAAGCGAUGAAAAUGUGGUACAUUGCGUGCAAUUUCUGGCCAAACAUUAUCUCGAGCAACGCGAUGUGGAGAAAGCUAUUUACUAUGGACAGAAAUGUCUUGAACAUGAUUCUAUAUCGGAAGAGGGCCGGUUUGUAUUGCGAACUGCUGAGGCGAUGAAGGAAGAACAAGAGAAGGAGAAAGGCGAUGAAGCUCGGCCAAUUGACGAUUCUUUCAAUACAACAGGCUUCGACAUCACUCAGGCAUCUAGCAUGGGUGGCGACGAUUCGGAGAUGAUGAUCUCAGAAGGAGAAGGUGACGAGUCAUUCUAA